AGCAUUUUCUUCAUUGAAUAAAUAGGUUCUGGAUUUGAUUAUAUUAAGUUAGUAGCUAAGAAUGAAGGAUAAAUGUGAUGAAUAGUAGCAAAAUUAAAAUAAAAGCUCAUAAUUCGAAGACAAUAAUGGAAUUGAUUUUGGCAUUCGCAAAGUGAUUAAAUUAGGAGAGAAUGGAGAUAACAAUAGUGCAGACAUUAACAUUAAUUUAGCCACUAAUUUACAAUACAAAUCUUAAAGAGACAAGGAAUAACAAAAAUAAGUGAUAUAGUAAAUUAAGCAUCUUGCAAGACAAGGUUCACAUAUGUAUGUAACUAUCUUUAUAUGUCACUAUGAUCUCUCUUAAUACUGUUUCAUAUAUUCCUUAUAUUAUUUUAUUGCUUAUUUAUUAUUAUUUUAGCACCGGAUAUUUAGAGCUCCCAACAGAGGUAAUAAACUAAUAUAAAAAGAAAAGCAAUUCACAUGCCUUAAUAGAUGAAGUGUUAUUAGAGUAAGUACUUUUUCAUCACUCUCCAAAAUACUAUUUCCCUAUAUUCAUCAUUUAUUUUUUCAUUUUAUUUUUACUUAGUAAGUUUUUACCGCCAAACUCAAUCACUCCACUUAUAUUCACUAAGAAAUUACCAUAAGGAGGAUAGUAUAGACAAAAAGGAACACAACCAUUGUGGGUAAAUGCCUUUGAAAGUCUUCUAAGUGUUGUGGUCUAAUUGUAUUACAAGAGUGAUUAGAAAUUAGCUGAAUUUAUGAAAGAAAAGGUCUUAAUUGAUAGUAAAAAAGACAUUAAGCUAGUAUAUAUAACAAUUUAUUUCAGGAAAAGAAACCAGGCAGAAAAAAGAAAAUACUUGAUAACGAUUCACCCAAUCAAGAACAAAUCGAAUAAUAAUAGCCUAAUAAUCAGAAUGCUUACUCUCUAUUAUAACAAGAUGUCUUAGAUAUACUCAUUUCUCCCUUAAGGACCGAUUUUUCAUUUGGUAUUAUAUCCAUUUUAUCUUAUAGAAACUUGGACAACUAAAGAAAUCGCAAUAUUCGAAUGUGGAUUAUGUAGAUAUGGCAAAUAAUACGAAUUCUUGUCACAUCUAGUAUUUUUAUUCUUUAUUGCUAUAGAUUAAAACCAAAAAUGCAUAAGAUAUUAUUCAAUUUUAUUACAAUUGGAAAUUCACAAGCCAUUAUAAGCUAUGGAAAAUAAAUAAAGCAUAUUAUCAUCGCAGCAACCUUAAUAACUAUGUUUGAAAUGAUUUUAUUUGCCAUCACCUGUUUUAUUUUAUUGAUAAUACAC